GAAUGAAAAACGCCGAAAUACCAAAACCUUCAGCAUUGGAGAUUUUGUCCUUAUGCACCGUGAUGAUAAGAUGCACCAAGGUAAAUUGAAGUAUGAAUUCCAGGGACCUUUUGAAAUUGUGGGUAUCACACCAAAAGGUCGAUAUGAAAUGAAGAGAGUUGGUAAAUCUCUUGUGACUAAGGCUGCUAAAGAACAAUUGAGGAGUUGGCCUAGCGAUUGGUCUAUGACUGUGAACAUGGAGGAGCUUCUUGAAGAUUUAGAGGAUGAUGAGGAAGAACCAGAGAUUGCAGAUGGAACUGAAGCAAGGAGUGAAUGA